AUGGCGGCAGAAGGCAAUCUGUCCUUCUAUGCAGCUCAGGAAGAAGAAAUAAUGAUAUUUGGAGAUGGAGGAGGGAGAAAUAAUGAUAUUUGGAGAUGGAGAAGAGAAGCGAGUAUCGAGCCAAACCUUUUAUCCGCCGAGUUCAAGUUUCGGCCAGAUGUUGGUGCCGCUCUCCGCAGUCUGGACACACACUCGCUCCGCUCCGUCUUGGUUUCAGUCCUGCGUUCAGCAGGCGUUUUCUGUGCAGAGAUAAUUAGCAUCUUUCCAGAUUCGGGGCGUUUUGCAGACGCAGAGAAGCAGGUAGAGAAAACUCUCCACCCUUACUUCGUCCUUGGUUUUGAGUUUGAUGGCGCAGGGGGAAAUCCUGUCUCCCCUCCGCUGAGGUCGCCUGGGCGCAUCGUUCCUGUAAUGACUGUUAUUCCUGCGUUUCAGAUAAACCUCCAGAUGCUCCAACCUGAAGGGGCGGUCCGAGUUUUCCACGGCCGCAGGCUGAAAGAGGCUUUAAUGACCCACUUCAGAGGAAUCAUCCUCGCCGAACUGCAGACUGCGCUUUUGAUGAAGCUUAGGAUCCCGUUUUUCAGUUUUAUGCUACUUUUAAACUCAAUGCACACAAAACAUCUACUAGGGCCAAAAGUAGACCAAAGUAAAACAAACAGCAAAUUUUCACCAAAAAUCACGUUUGUGUCCAAGAAUUUUACCUAAAGUCACAAUUUUGCAAGAUAAAUGUGAUAAAUUUGUUUGUUUGAAGGCAUAAAUUUAUUAAACAUGUUAGUUUAUCAGCUUA